AAGAGCCCAACAUAUUCAACGAGAAACCGCACACCCCAACCCACCGCGCACGGGCCAAUCAGGCUGGGAAACCUUGCCAGCCUACGAUCACAGGGAUGAGUUAUUGGCGCACCUGGUUGUGGUCCGAAGGAAACCUCGUAGCGGUCAGAAACCGGAGACGAUCAACCCACAGGGAAUUGUGUGCAUGUCCAGACUCAUUACCCACGAGAGCCGCUACGGUGUUCGAGCUGCUGCCUUCCGAUAUUCUGCGAAGCCGUUUCACAAGGGAAUCCCCCAUCGACAUCACUGCGAGUGAAGUUGAUCAGUUGAAAAGUGAUUUCCUAAGUGCUCCUGUCCCGUUCGUGACGGAUGAAGAUUGGAGAAACCAUAGCGAUCGCACAAGCCGUUUUGGGGCGGCCUUAGUUCAUAAGUUUGACAGAGUUUAUGAAAAGCAGGGUUAUGGGGUGCAGCCAACCCCGUGUGGUCGCGGCCAUCGCAACAGCCAAUCGAGUCGCAGAAGUGAUGGACGUGACAGUCGGCCAGGAGGUGGGCUACAAGACGGACCCUGACACCGUUUACACCAAAGGCACCACCAAGCUUUGCUUCGCUACGGAGCAAAUCCUCAUCAUCGAGGCCCAGAAUGACCCACUCCUUUCGAAAUAUGCCGCAAUCGCGGUUGACGAGGCCCAUGUCCGCACCCUGCACGUGGACAUGCGCACGACUACACUGAGACUCGCAAUCGCUAAGCGCAAGGAGAGAGGAGACCCUCUCAUCACCGUGAUAAUGAGCGCGACGAUGCAGAGGGCACUGCACAUGUUCAAAGACCAUUUCUUCGGUGCAACGGUGGUUCGGAUACGGCAUGAUCCCCACAAUAUUGCGACGCUGAAUGAUAACGAGGAUCUAGAUCUGUCGAAGAAAAAGAUGGAGAAGGACUCCUAUUACGCCGGGGCCUUUGCAAACGUUAUCAGAAUACUUAAGUUUGAAGAUAACGGCCAGGAAGGCGAGCCUAGGCCACCGCAAGCUCUUCCUGGAGGAAUCCCCGUGUUCCUUCCUCGACGUGAGGACAUUGACUGCAUGGAGGCGGAUAUCGAUAAUUGGAUGGAACACUCGGGCUACCCCGCUGAGAACGUGGCACUUAGCAAGCUAUACGCCGGGAUGCCUACGGAAGUGCAGCAAAGGGUGAUCGGAGCACAGCCUGGAAGGAGGAAGGUUGUCUUUGCGACGAACGUGGCGGAAGCCUCCCUCACAGUUGGGGGCAUCAAUCAUGUGGUUGACUGCGGGAGAGACGUCGACAAAUGAGCCAUAAGAAAUUGUACCGCACGACGACAUUCAGAUUCAUUUUGGACAGCCGUUAUCUCGCCGACGAGAAGGUUGAGAGGGGCCGUUCGGUCGCCACGAAUGGGGCUCAAUAAUGACAAUCGCGGGAAUGCAGGAGCCUUCGGGAGGCGGCCGUGCCCGGCCAUGUGGUCUCUGCGACGGGAUCAGGAA